AUGGAGAUGCCAAUCUUUAGCUUGAGAUUACAGUGGUGGGUUUUGCUUGUUAACCUUGUCAUUUGCAUUAGUUCGCAGACGUUGGAAUCACUUUCCAGCACGCCCAAUUUUGGAAAUGAAACCGAUAAGCUUGCAUUGCUCACCAUCAAGAAUUAUCUGGUUGAUGUUCCGAAUGGAGUUAUGAGUUCCUGGAAUGACUCACUGCAUUUCUGUCAUUGGCAGGGGGUUACAUGCAGUCGCCGACGUCAGAGGGUCACAGCCUUGAGGUUGGAGGGUCAGAGCUUAGCUGGUUCCUUACCUCCUAUUGGGAACUUAACAUUCCUGAGAGAGUUGGUGUUGUCCAACAAUAACUUGCAGGGUUCUAUCCCCACUGACAUUGGUCUUUUGAGACGAAUGCAGCAUCUCAAUCUCAGCACAAAUUCUCUCCAAGGUGAGAUUCCCAUUGAGCUGACCAACUGUUCAAACCUCAAGACUGUGGACUUAACAAGGAACAAUCUGACCGGGCAGAUUCCCUUGCACGUUGGCCAUAUGUUGAAACUCCUACUUCUAUGGCUUGGUGCCAACGAUCUAACAGGGGUUGUCCCAUUUACUUUGGGAAACCUGUCAUCUCUUCAACAUCUGUCCGUUGCAUACAAUCAUUUGGAGGGAAAUAUUCCACAUGAAUUAGGUCGUUUGAAGAGCUUGAAAUAUUUAUAUUUGGAUGUAAAUAACCUAUCUGGUAUGAUUCCUCCCUCACUCUAUAAUUGGUCAUCUGCCAUUGAAUUUUUUGUAUCUGGCAACAUUCUGUCUGGAAAUUUUACUCCAAACAUGAGGUUUAAUUUUCCUCAACUCUGCAAGUUUGGCAUAGCAGGGAAUCAGUUUACGGGAGUAAUUCCAGAUACACUAUCCAAUAUUUCAGGACUUGAACAUUUAGAUCUAGGUAACAAUUAUCUAACUGGCCAAGUCCCUGAUAGCUUAGGAGUGCUCAAGGAUCUCUAUUGUUUAAGACUUGUCAAUCUACAGGCCAAUAAUUUCAGGGGCGUGUUACCCAUCUCCAUUGUUAAUCGCUCAACCCAUCUGGAGAAGCUUAUCAUAGGAGACAACAAAAUAUCUGGAAGCAUCCCAAAAGAGAUUGGAAACCUGAUCAGCUUAACUGUUUUCAGUGCAAUGCGGAAUAAUCUCACUGGUGUCAUUCCCACUUCAAUUGGCAAGCUUCAGAAUUUAAGAGUAUUCGAGUUAAAUUGGAACAGGCUAUCAGGUCUGCUCCCAUCCACCCUCGGGAACUCAAGUCAACUAUACUACCUUGACAUGGGCUACAACAAUUUGGAAGGGAACAUUCCUACAUCUCUCAGGAACUGCCAAAAUAUGGAAAUUCUUUUCCUCGAUCACAAUAAGUUGAAUGGUAGUGUACCUGAAAAUGUCAUUGACCAUUUCAAUCAGUUGAGAUCACUCUACCUACAGCAAAACACAUUCACCGGUUCUCUUCCAGCAGAUUUUGGUCAACUGAAAAACCUAAAUCAGUUACUUGUUUCUGACAACAACUUGUCAGGGGAAAUCCCCAGGGAACUUGGCAGCUGUUCGGUAUUAGAGUACCUCGACGUGGCAAGAAACUCCUUCCAGGGAAACACCCCCCUGUCCUUUAGCUCUUUGCGAGGAAUUCAAAUCCUAGAUCUUUCGUGCAACAACUUGUCUGGAAUGAUUCCCAAAGAACUACAACAUCUUUCCGCUUUGCUGAGUUUAAAUCUGUCUUAUAACUACCUUGAAGGUGAGGUUCCAAGUGGAGGAGUUUUUAAAAAUGUGAGUGGGAUUUCAAUCACUGGGAACAAGAAGCUUUGUGGGGGAAUCCCUCAACUUCAGCUGCCAGCUUGUUCUGAUGUAGAGUCAGCAAAGCAUGGCAAGGGGAAGCAUCUUUCAACCAAAAUUGUUAUAGCCAUAAGAUUUACUGGUGUUUCUUGCUUGGCUUUCAUAGUGGCUUCAGUUCUCCGCUAUGGGAGAAAAAAGGCAGUAAUGAAGUCUUCUUCCACUUUUUUAAGAUAUGGGUACUUGAGGGUUUCUUACAAAGAGCACCUCAAGGCAACUAGUGGAUUUGCUUAUUCCAACUUGAUUGGCAUGGGAAGUUUUGGUUCCGUAUACAAAGGAAUUCUAAGUCGAGGCGAAAGACCUGUUGCAGUGAAGGUACUGAACCUUCAACAACGUGGAGCUGCCAAGAGUUUCACGGCUGAGUGCAAGGUCCUCAGGAAUAUUCAGCAUCGGAAUCUGCUUCGAAUCAUAACUUCAUGUUCAAGUGUGGACAACAAAGGUUGUGAUUUUAAGGCUCUAGUAUUUGAGUUCAUGCCUAAUGGGAACCUAGAUAGCUGGCUGCAUCAUGAAUCCAGAAAUUUAAGCUUCAGACAAAGAUUGGAUAUCGCAAUUGAUGUGGCUAAUGCUCUGGAUUAUCUUCAUCACCAAUGCCAGACACCAAUUGUUCAUGGGGAUCUAAAGCCAAGCAAUGUUCUUCUUGAUGAUGACAUGGUUGCCUAUGUUGGGGACUUUGGGUUAGCCAAGCUCAUUCCUGAGGCCACCGAGAUUUCAAGUAGUGAUCAAACCAGUUCAGCCCUGCUGAUGGGAUCCAUCGGUUAUGUGGCUCCAGAAUACGGAAUAGGUGGCUCCAUGUGGCCUCAAGGAGAUAUGUACAGCUAUGGCAUCCUUUUGCUGGAGAUGUUGACCGGAAAGAGACCAACAGAGCACAUGUUUUCGGAUGGUUUGAGCCUUCACAGUUUCUCGAAGAUGGCAUUGCCAGAACGGGUGAUGGAGAUUGCCGAUUCAAACUUGGUUGGGGAGUCAGGUGAAGCAAUCAACAAUAUAGCAAAUCACGGUGAUAUGGAAAGUAGAAUGCAGCAUUGCCUUGCUUCAAUUGCGAGAAUUGGAGUAGCAUGUUCUGAAGAAUCACAUGGUGAUCGUAUGGACAUCAAAGACGUGGUGAUGGAACUGAAUAUCAUUAAGGAAGUGUUUCUUGGGGUAGGAAUCCAUGGGGAGAGACAUAUCAGGAUGCAACUACCUGCGGAAGGAACAUCUCAGCUCGGUGGUGACUGAA